UAUAUUUUCGAAAUUAGUCGCCGGAACAUUGUAAAUAAAACUUUGCUGGCUGAAAUUCAAUCUAUAACUUGAAAAAAAUGACAAAAAAGUACCGAAUAAUACACCACGAAAAUGUUGACGGCGCAGAAAUUGGCCUUAGAGUGGAUUAUCAGAACUCGCCUUAUUCUCAACGAUAUACAAUAUAUUACAGAAACGGCGAAAGGAAUUCCAUUUUGCCGUACCCGAUUUUUAUGCUUGGUCUAAUGAAUGCGGUCAUAUUCAUUUGCGGUUGUUGUUGUCCGGAGGUUAAUUUCGUGAUAUUUUCAUUAUUUCUCUUCAUAAUUCUCAUUUGGUUAACACAUACCGCUCAUACAGAAACUGUUUUGGUCAUUCCAACAGUUGGUAUUCAAUGUUCGGUGGAGUACAUGAUGGGGACGAAAACCAAUUUUGUGCCCUGGUCAAGCAUUGAGGAUGUGAUAGUAAAUGAAGUUAUCAAAUUGAAUCAAGUUAUUUGCUUUUUGACUAUAGUGCUCAAACCGUCGGGAAAUAAUCGGACGCAGUCAAGGAAAUUGAUACCAUUAUUUAAGAUCACAAAACCUAGGGCACUUAUACUGGAAACAUUGUAUUUGGAGUUGCAAACAAUGUUGAUGACACCAGAGUGCACGGAUCCCGACAACGCGAUUGCUCGUUUGAAUCAUCGAUUUAAAAUUCGUCACGCACUUUUCCUACUGAAGCGGAGUAAGGGUGCUGAGAAGUAAGAGAAUUGAUUAAAUUUUUUUUCUUAUUGUCACAAAUCGAAGAAAUAUUUACUAUAGUGUCCUACCUCACAUUCAUCCUGUUGCUACUCGUAACUCCCAACCGCCCUUAUUGUUACAAAUCGAAUAAAUAUUUACUAUAGUGUCCUACCUCUCACAUUCAUCCUGUUGCUAACUCCUAACCGCUAUACCCCUAACAGAUUAGCCCGCUACCAUAUUGGAUAGAAGCAAGCGUUUCUUUGCGGAUUUUUUGGCAAUUUAACAAUUAUUCAUCUCCUGAGGUCAUUUUUAGAUGGGUACUAUGGGUUAUGUAAUCCCCUCCCAAUAUGAGAAGGGGUUAAGGCCGCAGUCCACCACUUUAGCCAAGUGCGUAUUGGUGGACACACACCUUUGUGUAUAUCACGAUGUUUUUUUGUAUCAAUAUCAACAACCUGUCAUCGAAAGUGUAUAGGAAAAAGUAGUUCCAUUUUUAUCCGCAAUAUGGCGACGAUUCAAGAUCCAACCUACAAAUUAAGCAGGCCACCUACACUACAUUCAAAGUCAAAUUCAAAGUCAAAUAUUUCUUUAUCCAAAUAGGCAAAUAGAUGGCACUUUUGAUGCGUUGAUAAAAUUCUAGUCUUUAAACAGCCCGCUAUCACUUUUGAUUAUUCUUGACUUACCUUGGUGAGAUAGUUAAGGGAUAACUUGUAGUGGAUAAAAAAAAAAUCAAUCGACAAAUCACAAACCAACGGAGAUUAUAUUUCAUUCCUAUAUAAGCGAUAUAAAUGUUAAUGGAUGUUAAUUAAAAUGUUAUUAGUAAAGAAUCAUAAAUUCUGUAGUAGAAUUUUGUUAGUAAUUAGAUAUAUUGCGUAUUUUUGUUAGUUAUCAUUUAGUAUAU